UCUCAAAUGUAUACAUCCGGUGAAAUAUCUGCCUCAUCGCCGUGAAGACUCUGAAGUAUACAUGCUGUAAAUAAUGUAUGGCCACUGCAGAUGUCGGAUUGAACAUACAUCAGGUUUUACUGGUUCGCUGCACGGAUAGCGCUGCUGUAAUAAAUCUGGUAUUUUACAGGCUUCCCUUACUGGGCCUCAGACAAUUAAAACUAUCUGUACUGUCGAAGAGGACGUUGUUCCAACAGACUCUCGGGUAGAAGUAGACGACAACAGAAUUCUUGGUUAAUAGGGUGUUGAACGUUUUAUUGAUUUGAAUAGAUCUGGUAAAAUCGUUUCCAGGAUGUUUCAGAAGUAUGAUUAGCCUAAAUCAGACAUGUAUUUGUCACAACUUAAAUCGAGUUUUGAUAUUUAAAAGGACGUUUGAUUUUCCUGUUCUAGCUGUGACAAACAAAGUAACUAGUGUAGGCUAGCUACAUAUUUACGGUCACGUUUUUUUGUUUGUUGAAGAAACGCUGAAGAAAGAAUAGCUUCCACGAUGGACCGGGACAGAGCUAGCCCAUCCCCCUCCACCCUGCCGGAGUCCCCUGGUCACAACUCUCCUGGUAGCACCUUACUGCUGGGUUUGAAGAGGGUGUCAGUGCGGCUGGUCAACUGCAGGAAAACAGCAGGGCAGAGUGGAACUGUGAGAGAAGGACACGAGGAGGGAGAUGGAGAUUUGAUUUCAUCAAGGGACUCUCCUAACCGUCGCUCUCUCAGUGGGAGGGGCUUAUCAUCUGGGGAGCCUCAACAACAUGUUGCUGACGAGACAGAGAAGAAUGUCUCCAGAUCAGAACAUCUCAAGAAACACCAGCAGAGACGUAUAGGGAAGAAACCUCACCACUGCUGCUCUGACUGUGGGAAGAGUUUCACUAGACGGAGUGGCUUCAUUAUUCACCAGCGGAUUCACACAGGAGAGAAACCUUACAGAUGUUCACAGUGUGGGAAGAGUUUCUCUGCUUCUAACACCUUCAAAUCUCAUCUGAGAAUUCAUACAGGGGAGAAGCCUUACCCCUGCCUCGAUUGUGGGAAAUGCUUUGCUAAUGCAGGAACCCUAACCAUACACAAGCGUAUACACACUGGAGAGAAGCCUUAUAGCUGUGAUCAGUGUGUAAAGAGCUUUUCUCUGUCAGAAAAUCUAACUAUACACCGGCGCAUACACACUGGAGAGAAACCUUACAGAUGUUCACAGUGUGGGCAGUGUUUCGCUGCUUCUAACACCUUCAAAUCUCAUCUGAGAAUUCAUACAGGGGAGAAGCCUUACGCCUGCCUUGAUUGUGGGAAAAGCUUUGCUAACUCUGGAACUCUAACCAUACACCAGCGUGUACACACAGGAGAGAAGCCUUAUAGCUGUGAUCAAUGUGGGAAUAGCUUUUCUGCAUCUAACACCUUCAAAUCUCAUCUGAGAAUUCAUACAGGGGAGAAGCCUUACCCCUGCCUUGAUUGUGGGAAAAGCUUUGUUAGUGCAGGAGGCCUAACCAUACACAAGCUAACACACACAGGAGUGAAGCCAUAUAGCUGUGAUCAGUGUGGAAAGAGCUUCAAUCAGUCAAGCAACCUGACUACACACCAGCUAACACACGCAGGAGUGAAGCCUUAUAGCUGUAAUCAGUGUGGGAAGAGGUUCAAUCAGUCAGUCCACCUGACAACACACAAGCUAAGACACACUGGAGUGAAGCCUUAUAACUGUGAUCAGUGUGGGAAGAGCUUCGCUGUUGCUUACACCCUGAAUAGACACAAGCUAACACACACUGGAGAGAAGUCUUAUAGCUGUGAUCAGUGUGGGAAGAGCUUUGCUCGAGCUUCCUCCUUGACUAGACACCAUCGAACACACCGUAGAGAGAAGCCUUAUAUCUGUGAUUAGUGUGGAAAGCGCUCGGUCAAUCAGGGAGCCUGAAUUCACACCAGCGAACACACACUCGAGAGAAACCCUAUGUCUGUCUGUGUGGAAAGAGCUUUACUCAUUUAGGGCCAAUGAAAAAACACCAGAAAACAAAAACGUGCCAUAUUUCAUCUCCAUCCUAUACCUGACAGCGGUUAUAGAUCCCUAAAGAAAGGAUCAAUAGAUAACAUCUAGUGAACAGUCAUAUCCAUCUACCAUUCUUAAACAGUUGCAUUAGUCUGAUCACCAUGGUAACCUCUGUGCAGCAUAAUAUGCAGCUCUGAUCUAGGAUCAGGUCUCCCCUGUGUUUAUGUAAUAUCACACAUUGGGAUCUAAAUGGAUAAAUGUUAUCAUAGAAAAUGUUGUGUGUGUGUGUGAGAGAGAGAGGGGUGGGCUGUUGAUAACUGUAUCUUCUUUCAUAUACUCAUGAUACUGUUGUUAUUAAAUGUCAUGAGGAAUAAUGUUUCAACAAUAUGUGUAUAUUCAUGUAUUCAAUUGAUCAAUAACUUGUUUAGAAGAUAAUGGAUUUAAUUUCACUAAUUUUAUAUUUUUAUAAUAAUAUCUAAAUUGAUUAAAAUGACAAACAACUAAUCCAUAAUGCAUUGGAUAAUAAGGUCAAGGCAAGAACUAGGCAUACUGUCUUGUAACAACGGUUAUUGUAAUAACUUUUAGAUUUAUAAUGUAAUAAAACUGGUAAAUGUUGGUUAAUAAUAAAAUAUAGAAUUGUUAUCGGAA